AUGGCUGGGCCACUUCGAACCGGCUCCCAAGAGCCCUACAAGGACGCGGGAAUAAUCAACGAAGAGGCCCCUGAGAAUGGCGAACCUGUCGAGCCGUCGCGCAUGCGCCAGAUCUACAGAAAGCUCGAUUUGAGAAUCAUCCCUCCCUUUUGGACCCUCUACUUCCUCUGCUCAGCCGUUCGAUCAAAUGUCGGCCUGGCCCAGACCAUGAACACCAGUAAUGGCCACGAUCUUGGGAGCUAUCUUGGCAUCUCAUCGCACCGCGUGUCAACGGGAUUGGCACUAUUCUACGUGUCCUAUGUUGUUCUCGAGGUGCCUUCCAACCUGGCAAUGAGCAAGCUUUCCCCUUCAGCUUGGCUUGCUCGUAUUGUGAUCAGUGUGGGCAUCAUCGGCACAGCUAUGGUGGGCAUGAAGAACGCCGCAGGCUACUAUGUGCUGAGACUCCUGCUUGGCGCAGUAGAAGCUGGCAUGUGGCCAGGAAUGUCGCUAUUUCUGACUCUCUUCUAUCCUCCGCACAAGAUGGCCAAGCGUGUGGGUUGGUACUUUACUGCUUCUCAAGUCUCUGCAGCCGUAGUCGGUCUUGUCAGUGCUGGCUUCCAAAAGCUGGAUGGUGAUGGUGGUCUUGUUGGCUUUCAAUGGAUGUUCUUGAUCUGGGGUCUGGUAACUCUGGUCUGCGGAUUUGCGCUGAUCUGGUGGCUUCCGGAAAGACCGCUGGCGCCAGACGAGGAGAGGAAAUCCACUUGGCUGAACAAGCUCUUGCCACUGACCAAGCCAGCGUUGCAAGGCGAAGAUGCAGUGCUUCACUAUAGAGAGCUUAGUCUUGCAUACCACAGCUCUGACUGGACAAUGCGGGAUCUGUGGAAAGUCCUGGUUGAUUGGCGCUUCUGGCCCUUGCUUGUCAUGUACUUUGGUGUGGUUGGUGUUGGUAAUGGAGUUCAGUCAUACGGCACUGUAAUCCUCAAAGCGAUCAAUCCAACUUUCAGUGGCGUGGAGCUCAGUCUUCUCUACGCGCCCAUCUGGAUCUGUGAUUUGAUUGGAAUUCUUUGCGUAACGCCAAUCAGUGACCACUUUAACAAGCAAAGAGCGAUCUGGUUCAGCAUCCCCACGCUUCUUCAGAUCAUAGGUCUCCUGAUCACUACCUAUGCCGGCGAUUCCACCUCAGCCAAAUGGGCUCGCUACUUUGGGCUUCUCGUAGUUGGUUUCGGACUGGGACCUACCGUACCUAUCACUAUGACAUGGACAGCAGAGAUAUUCCAACCGAGGCAUGGUGAGGUUGGAGUGGCAGCUGCCACGGCUCUAGUGUCUGGUCUUGGAAAUUUGGGCUCAGUUGUGACAAAUUAUGCCCUGUUCUCGGGUUGGCCUGCUGAUAAAACGAGGGAUCCAGUGUACAUUGGUUCGAACUGGGUUAUGAUUGCUAUCCUGCUCGCCAGCAUUCUCUCGAGUUUUGCGAUGACCGUGUUGCUACGAGUUCCAGGACGAAGUACCACGCUCAAAUCAUCAACGCAGAUCAAUAGAUGA